AGUUCUAACCUCAUUUGCUUUCACUUUACUAUUCACUCUCUCUCUCUGGUUUUCCUCCAUUGCAAACCAAGCAUUCUUCCCUCUUUUCCCCACAUUCCCAAAUCCCACCUACCAUUUCUCCCCUUUCCCCUUUUAUUAGAAAAUCCCACAUCUCUGAUUUCCUCCCAUCAUUCAAAGCCCCAACAAAAUAAGGUAAAAAAGGAUGAACUCCUCCGCCUCCUCCCAAAGAUUGGAUUUUUGGUCUGCCAUUGUUUCGAGAAAGAAAAAGAAAUUCACUUUCUCACUUGCAUGAUUGUUAUCAUUUCUCUUGGCCCACUCUUCACCACAAACCUUCUACUUCUAAACUACUCUUUCUUUUGAGCUUCUCUUUUCCCCCUUUUUUAUUCUUGGUGGGUUUGUGGCGUUUCAUCUCUGCAUUGGCGUAUCUAUGCAAAUUGGGCAUCUGUUGAGGCAAAAAAGAACCUUUUUUUUCGCUUCUUUGGGUUGUCAAGGAGGAAGAUCAGAGGGGUUGAGUUCAGAUCACUGGCCAAGGUUCGAUUGGUGCAGAUUUACUUCGUUGUGCUGAAAUACCAGAAAAAUGGGUUCCGAAAGUUUAUAUUCCGAGUUGUCGAAGAAGUAUGGGGCUCUGAAACUUUGGGUUCUCAUUGGCAUAUGCGUUGGUGCGUUCAUAGUUCUAAUAUUGGGGAUCUUAUCGAUAUGGAUCAUGUUCCAACGGAGAUCUAAAAGAGCCUCGGACAAGUAUUCUGCAUGCCAGAUUCCUAACAUCUCGAAAGAAAUCAGCGUAGACAGAGUUGGGGAGGAAAGCACGCACGAUCAUCCAGAAGCUCUAUACUUGACGAUUAACGAUAAAUCUAGCGAUAAGAAAACGGAGAAGAUGUUAGUCCAUUUGGGUAGGAGCAGAUCAAGCGAUGCGGAUAAUAUCAGCCAGAGCAGUUCGGUUUACCAUUAUGAGAUGGGCGGUAGCUCUCAGUCGGGAGAGGAGGGGAGUUCUGGUCAUGCACGUAAACAGUCUUCAAUGUCGUACGGGAUUGCCACAGCUUCUCCGUUGAUUGGUUUGCCGGAAAUAUCUCAUCUUGGGUGGGGCCACUGGUUCACGCUCAGAGAUCUUGAGAUCGCAACAAGUCGUUUUUCAGCCGAAAACAUCAUUGGGGAAGGUGGUUAUGGGGUCGUCUAUCGAGGAAAAUUGGCCAAUGGCUCGGAGGUGGCAGUUAAGAAGCUUCUUAAUAAUCUAGGCCAAGCGGAGAAAGAGUUUAGGGUCGAAGUCGAGGCCAUUGGUCACGUUCGACAUAAAAACCUCGUGAGACUUCUCGGCUACUGCAUUGAAGGAGUUCAGAGGAUGUUGGUGUAUGAAUAUGUAAAUAACGGAAAUCUCGAACAGUGGCUUCAUGGGGCAAUGAGGCAGCACGGCUCCCUAACGUGGGAAGCCCGGAUGAAGGUUCUACUUGGCACCGCCAAGGCGCUAGCUUAUUUGCACGAAGCAAUAGAACCAAAAGUCGUGCAUCGUGACAUAAAAUCAAGUAAUAUCUUGAUCACGGGCGAGUUCAACGCUAAAGUUUCCGACUUUGGUUUGGCUAAGCUGCUGGAUUCUGGAGAGAGCCAUAUAACAACAAGGGUGAUGGGAACUUUCGGUUACGUGGCUCCAGAAUAUGCGAACACGGGCUUGCUAAAUGAAAAGAGCGACGUAUACAGUUUUGGCGUUCUGCUUCUUGAAGCCGUCACCGGAAGAGAUCCUGUAGAUUACGCACGUCCAGCCAACGAGGUUAAUCUCGUCGAGUGGCUUAAAAUGAUGGUAGGGAACAGGAGAGCCGAGGAAGUUGUAGACCCUAUUCUCGAAGUCAAGCCUACUACCCGUGCUCUGAAACGUGCACUUCUCGUUGCGCUAAGAUGUGUCGAUCCCGAGUCGGAGAAACGGCCCAAAAUGAGCCAGGUCGUACGUAUGCUGGACACCGACGAUCUUCCUUAUCGUGAGGAUCGAAGGAGUAGGAAAAGUAGGACGAUGAGCUUGGAGAUCGAGUCGAUGAAGGAGGCUAGUGGUUCGGCUGAUUCGGAAAGCAGAGGGGAGCCAUCAGAGAGCCACACUUCUAAGACAAUGGAUUCAAAAAAACUGACUAUUUAGACAUAUAUCUCUCUACCAUUCACAUUUUCUAACUGGAAAGAUUCCUCCAGUGAAGAACAGGAUUGGGAUCUUGAAUCAUUGCCGAUACCUCCAAAGAUAACGAAGAAACGCGCGUGAGACCAAGAUGGCUAAUUAAUGUGGCGCGGUAAGGGUUUAGGGUUCCGGUGGGCGGAUCAAAGCGCCCGUCUUUUGUAACAUUUAUGGUUUGUCAUUCUAUUUCCGACUUCAUUUUGUCUCGGUGAGGAUACGUUCCUGCGGAUUUACGGCCUCCCGGUUUAUAUAAAUUUUUGGCAGAAAAA